UUCCUGUCCUAACUCAGGGACACGACAAACGGGGAACCUACUGGUUAUCUUGGUUUCCCCCGACGAAAUUCUUCCUAGUCUUCAGUGGAGAAUUCCACCAUAUUCCAGACCACAUAUCGUCGUGAACUCGGUGGGCCAAGGGCAUUGAUUAUACUCUCUACAACGGAGGAACAAUCGAACGGUCUUCAACAUCCAAGACUUCCUCAUAUCGUUUAUUCAUAUGGCCAUAAACACACUGUGUACUAGGAUACCGUUAUCAGAAGGCUUUGAGAAUUGACUGUGGUGUAGACUAGUGUGUUUGGGAUAAUCCGAGGUGUGUUACAGCAGAGGAACUGGUGCUUGUCCACAACAGGUGAGUGUGGCUUGUAUGCUGCUUGCCUAACGGAACGCCGCUUCUCAAAGAUGGGCACCGUUCUGUCGUUCUCGCCUCGUCCGCGCAAGCCCAUGUACGAAGACAUUCACCUGAACAAUUUCAAUUACGAAGUGUUGAACAACAACAACAGAAAUCUUAAUCAAGUCAAAGACAAAAAUUUCAAGAAACACUCGAUAUUUCUCAGUGCUUUGAGUUGGAAAAAAUUCAGCGUUGCGACGAAGAAGAAAGAGAAGAACAAUUUCAUCAAGCUCACGAAUUCCAUACCUAGUCGGAUAGACAACAAUUACAAUGUGGAGAAUCUUCACUUCAACAAAAACAUCCAGAAGUCGAUAUCGUGUUACAAUCUACAGACGGGUCACUCGACCAGCGGUCAUGUGGACGAGAACGCUGUGAAUAAUAACCAUGUCGUCAGUCUGAAGAAGUUCGAACGACCUGCCAGCCCAAAGAAAACCGUAAUUCAGGCGUCGACGUCGGAGCUUCUCAAAUGCCUGGGGGAAUUUCUGUGCAAGCGAUGCCGAAAGCUGAAACAUUUUGAGCCGAGUGACGUGAUCAUGUGGUUGCGAACAGUGGACAGAUCUCUCCUGCUCCAGGGCUGGCAAGAUGUCGCCUUCAUCAACCCCGCCAAUAUCGUGUUUGUGUAUAUGCUGGUCAGAGACCUGGUACAGAGUGACGUGGACACUGAGCACGAACUGCAGGCCGUCGUUCUUACUUGUCUCUACCUGUCGUAUUCGUACAUGGGCAACGAAAUUAGCUACCCGCUGAAACCUUUCCUGGUCGAGGAAAACCGGGACCGUUUUUGGGACCGUUCCAUCCUCAUCAUCAACAGGCUAAGCUCCAAUAUGCUCCAAAUAAACAGUGACCCCAGCUUCUUCAUGGAGGUAUUCACCGAACUCAAGUCUUUCUCACCCCUUAUAUAACACUGAAGGUGUUUUGAUAGCAAUAUCUAUAUAAGGGAGCAACAUAAGACAUAUCAAAAGCAGAGAAAUAGGGAGAGAGAGUGACGUCGAUCGGCUUCAAAGCAGUUAAAGCUUGGUCAGCGCCGACUGCCACUCUCACGUAUGUCCCAUUUCCUACGUGGCCUUUAGAAGCUCCCAUGCACGGCCAAGAUUCCAAAGACAAUCCCAAUGCAUUAUACUUUGCAUCAAACCAACAAUUUUUCCUCUCAGCAAUUCUAUCAUGUGUGGAUCGAAAGGUGUUUUUUUCUGGGCUUCAUACUCUUGGAUCUGUAACGGGGGAAAAGGUCUGAAUGAAGAGGAUGAAUGCAAGGAAAUGAUCAUUUUAGCAUUUUAUUCUAGACUCACUAUGUGGGGCAUUGGAACAUCAGAAUUUACAAUCAAGAAAAGAAGACAAUUUCAUCCGAAAUACUCAAAAGUCUGCGGCGAAUUACAAACUGGAGACUGAGCUGAUAAUGACAAGGUUCGUGGUGUGUUGUGAGUGAACGAUGUGUAUCGAUAAUCAGAUGAUAUGAAAUUGGCAUCAUUAUAAAAUCCCGCUUGGCAUUUACGAUAUAGAACGACGAGACAUGCUGGUAAUUAUUUAGUCGACUUUGUUUGGUCACACGAGCAUCUCCGGUGAAAUUGCUUUAUUGAUGAGGAGAGAGAGCGGACAUAGUCCGUAGAUAUUCGGUCAACAUUUUCAUUAAUUAAUUGUUGCGUGUCACAUUCCAACUCCUAAAAUACAUUCCCACCAAAGCGAUGAACAUCAAAGCUGCCAUUUUGUGACGUCAUUUUUUUUUAUUGAGACAUUCAUUUUUAGUUGUAUAUUGGGAUGAUAAUCCAAUAUUGCUUAUAAUGUUUAUAAAUAUUCCUAUGGUCAUCGAUGUUAUCGAUGUAAUCUGUAAUCUGUAAUUGUUUUGACACACAGCUAUCCGGGUAUCAUAUCCGGACAUCAUUUCCGGACAGUUUAUAUAUACAUGUAUAUAACUGAAUGGUCAGCUGACUUACGUUAAAAAAUCUUCUAUGGAGUGAUCUAUAC